AUGGUUGAUCCCGUCCGAGUAUAUUGUGAAGAAUUGGAGGAUGUUGUGGUAUCUCUUGAUCGUUUGAUGUCGUCACUUUUUGUGCGCAAAGAUCUUCGAAAAAAGUAUCAUACAUAUGUUGUCGAUUUCAUUCAUGAGGAAUUACCGGAUCUUACAACAAUUCAGAGUGAAAAUUGUUCGAUAUGUUUAAUAGAAAUUUCACCAGGGACCCAAAUAAAAAGUGUUCCAUGUAGUCACAAAUUUCAUAGUUUAUGUUUAUUAAAUUGGAUGUACAAGAAACCUACAUGUCCAUUGUGUAGGAGGUUUAUACCUCCAAGAGUUGAUGUUUAG